AAUAAUGGUGCUUACCAAGUUUUGCUCUCUGUUGGCAGUGCUUUGUAUUUCUUUCUUUGUUUUUUGUUGUGAGGGUAAGACUUAUGCCGAGCCUAUCCGCAGUCGUCGCCAGCAAGAAGAAAAGGGUGUAUGCUUUAAUGUUCUCAACUGUGACUAUAAGAAAGGCAAACUUAUCACUGACUCUCUAAUAUCAUUUGACGAGUGCUGUAACGUGAGCGACGGCAAUUCGUGGGCCCUGUCUAAUGGUACAUGCGGAAACUGCAAUGAUGUAGCAGCAUCUCCAAUACCUGCUCUCGGUUACAUUUCGAAUUGGACUUCUUGGAGUGUUUGUUCUCACACAUGCGGCACUUCCGGAGUCAGAACCAGAAAGGAAAUCUGCGAUCCUGAGGACAAACUUGCAAUUUGCUCCGAGCAGAAUGAAGCUUGCAAUCGAAACGUCAGCUGUCCAGUUGAUGGACAAUGGGGAAGCUGGGGUAACUGGUCGGUGUGUUCUGAGACGUGUGAACAGUCAAGACAAAGAUCCUGUAACAACCCAGAACCAGACAUUAAAGGAAAAGACUGUGUCGGUGUAGCAAACGAGAGGACUACGUGCGAAAGAAAUUCUUCUUGUCUAGCAUCAGGCCUAGAAACAGAAUCUCCAACAUAUGCUUUCGAUUACUUUACACAAUCCAUUACUAUUCCAGAACUAGGAACAGAAUCCCCUCUCUAUGACUUUUCAGCAUCAGGCCUAGAAACAGAACCCUCAACAGGUGCUGUCGAUUACAUCACUGAUUGGGCUUCUUGGAGUGUUUGUUCUCACACAUGCGGCCUUACCGGAGUCAGAACUAGAAAGAAAAUAUGCGGGUCUAAAGGCAAACUUGCAUUUUGCUCCAAGGAAUAUGAAGAUUGCAAUCGGAACGUCAGCUGUCCAGUUGAUGGCCAAUGGGGAAGCUGGAAUAACUGGUCGACGUGUUCUGACACGUGUAAACAGUCAAGACAAAGAUCUUGUGACAACCCAAAACCAGCCAGUAACGGAAAAGACUGUGUCGGUGUGGCGAGUGAGACAACUACGUGCGAAAGAAACCCUCCUUGUCCAGUUCACGGUAAAUGGACUGAAUGGAUUGAACAUCCGUGUUCAAAAUCAUGCGAAGGCGGAAUUCGCACUCUCACGCGACAGUGUGCUAACCCACCACCACAACACGGUGGCAAUAACUGCGUUGGCCCAGGAAUUAAAAAUGAACAAUGCAACACACAAUGCUGUCCAGUACAUGGCCAAUGGAGUCAAUAUGCGAGCUGGUCACAGUGUAGUGUAACGUGUGGAUCAGGCGGGCGACAUCGAAAUAGGAAAGGCGACAAUCCUCCACCGUCGUGCAACGGACGCAAUUGCAGUGGGUUUGCAAUAAACGAAGAAGACUGCGCACUUCUUGAUUGCCCUGUGGACGGGGGUUGGAGUGCCUGGUCAGUUAGCAAAUCUUGUACUCAAUCUUGUGGAAGAGGUAGUCAGCUUCAGUUUCGCAAGUGUGAUAAGCCAAGUCCUAGUGAUGGAGGUGCAGAUUGUCCCGGACUUGAAGUGCAAACUGUACCGUGCAAUGAACAACUUUGUCCUGUUGACGGAAUAUGGAGCGUUUGGAGUUCAUGGAGUGCUUUAUGUCCUGAUUGUGGUAUAGGUUACCACAAAAAUCGUAGUCGAAAGUGUGACGAUCCUCCUCCACAGAACGGUGGCCUUUUCUGCUCUGGACCAAGCUCCGAGACGAUGUCGUGCUCAAUUUCUAAAUGUCCAGUCAACGGUGGAUGGAGCUCUUGGACGGACUUUACGGAUUGUCCAAAAUCAUGUGGAGGCUCGAGAUACUUGAGAACAAGAAAAUGCGACAGUCCACCACCGAAACAUGGUGGCUUUCCCUGUUCAGGUGAUGAUCGCGAAUCUAAGCCGUGCAACACUCGUCAAUGUCCAGUGAAUGGUGGUUGGAGCUACUGGACGGAAUGGAGUCACUGCUCUACAACGUGUGACAGAGGAGGACGAAAUCGUUCACGCGUAUGUAACGAUCCUGAACCGAGGUAUAAUGGAACCGAGUGUCCGGGCUUAGCAACAGAAUGGCAACCUUGCCCUGGUCCAAGAGAUUGCCCAAUGGACGGUAGAUGGAGUCCGUGGUCAGCGUUUUCUUCUUGCACAAAAACUUGUGAGGGUGGCACAAAAGAACGUUUUCGUGAAUGCAAUAAUCCCCAACCUCGUCAUGGUGGUUCUUACUGUAGUGGAGUAGCUCGAGAAACUUCUGAAUGCAACAAACAACCGUGCCCUGUCAAUGGAGGGUGGACGUGGUGGAGUAUAUGGUCUUCCUGUUCAUUGACAUGUGAAGGAGGUAAACAGAACAGAACCAGGCAAUGCACCAAUCCCCUUCCAAGAUACGGAGGACUUGGUUGUCCAGGCCCAAACGUGGAUAUUCAAGAAUGCGCCUAUGUAAACUGUCCAGUUAACGGCAACUGGGGAAACUGGAACGCGUGGAGUGACUGUAGUGAAAGUUGUAAAGGCGGAAGACGUUCUCGAACUAGAUCUUGCAACAAUCCCGCACCCAAUUUCGGUGGUAAAUCGUGUGAUGAUCCGUCUACUGCAGCGGAGGAAGAGCCGUGCAAUACACAGAAAUGCCCAGUGCACGGUCACUGGGGUACAUGGGGUGAGUGGAUGCCUUCUUGCAUUCAAGAAAAUUGUGAAGACUCAAUUCAGAAACGGAGAAGAGAAUGCGACUCACCAGUUCCUGCCUAUAACGGGCGUCUUUGCUCCGGAAAUGGCACAGAUACGAGACCCUGUGGUGGUUUGUUGUGUCCAGUAAACGGCAGUUGGAGUGAAUGGAGUAAUUUUACGCAAUGCACGAAAACGUGCGGUGGAGGUCAGCAAACAAAAUUCAGACGCUGCGAUAAUCCUAGGCCUUGGAACAAUGGUCGCUACUGCGUUGGUCACGAUAUCGAAACAAUCAGUUGCAACAAAGAAUGCUGUGCCGUUGACGGUGGAUGGUCGAAUUGGAAUUCUUGGACAGUUUGCGACUUGGCCUGCAGAAGCUACGAUGGUGAAAGAGGAAUGGAAAUGAGACGCCGGAAAUGCUCGAAUCCCCGUCCGUAUUGUAAAGGAAAGAAGUGUCCGGGUGAAAAAGUCGAAGCACGCCUUUGUAUCGCACCUAGAUGCCCGAUAAACGGUAGUUGGAGUAGCUGGUCGCAUUGGUCGGUUUGUUCAGUAACUUGUGAGGGCGGCACUCGUUUCCGAAAUCGACUCUGUACUAACCCAACACCCCAGUUUGGAGGCUCAAGCUGUUCAGGAAAUGUUGUGGAAAACGAGAAAUGCAAUGACGUUUGCUGUCCAGUUGACGGUGGCUGGAACCUUUGGACUUUGUGGUCUUCAUGCUCAACGUCGUGUAGUUAUGGAACAAGCACUAGAGAGAGAGAAUGCAACAGUCCGUCACCAAGCUGUGGUGGUAGUUCGUGCAGCGGAUCUUUAAAAUUGACAAAAUCGUGCUACGCUGGUUGUUGCCCUUUACGAGGUGGUUGGGGAAGUUGGUCGUCCUGGUCUUCAUGCUCUGCUUGGUGCGGUUACGGAACAAGCUCUAUUGGGAGAGAAUGCAACAGUCCGUCACCGAGCUGUGGUGGUAGUUCGUGCAGCGGAUCUUCAAGAUCGACAAAAUCGUGCUACGCUGGUUGUUGCCCUGUACGAGGUGGUUGGAGCAGCUGGUAUUCGUGGUCGUCGUGCUCAACGUCGUGUAGUUAUGGAAGUCGCACUAGACGAAGAUCAUGCAGCAGUCCGUCACCGCGCUGUGGCGGCAGUUCGUGCAGUGGAUCUUCAGUAACCACAGGAUCUUGCUACGCUGGCUGUUGUCCUGUGCGAGGUGGUUGGGGAAGUUGGUCUUCAUGGUCUUCGUGUUCAGCGCGAUGUGGUUAUGGACAACUCACUAGACAAAGAUAUUGCAACAAUCCGUCAGCGAGCUGUGGCGGCAGUUCGUGCAGUGGAAUUUCAAGAUCUACAAAAUCUUGUUACCUUCGCUGUUGUCCUGUGAGAGGUGGUUGGGGAAGUUGGUCUUCAUGGUCUUCGUGUUCAGCACGAUGUGGUAAUGGACAACUCACUAGACAAAGAUAUUGUAACAAUCCGUCAGCGAGCUGUGGCGGCAGUUCGUGCAGUGGAGUUUCAAGAUCUACAAAAUCUUGUUACCUUCGCUGUUGUCCUGUUCACGGCGGAUGGUCUGGUUGGUCGUCGUGGUCGACUUGUAGAGCUACGUGCGGUAAAAGUACGCGAAUCAGGAGGCGCACAUGUACUAAUCCUUCUCCUUCGUGUGGUGGAAGCUGCAGCGGAUUAUCCUAUUCGACUAAGUAUUGCUGCAACAGGCAAUGCUUCACGUACAGCAAGGCCAGCAAACAAGUUUCUUAUAGUAGCUCCUAUACUGUUUCGUGUGGAUUCUGGUAUUGGAGCACCUGCUACAGAUAUAGGACGAGGUAUACAACCGGAUACUAUCCAAAAUCCUCCGUUUCGAAAUCUUGCUAACAGUCACGCAGCUGAAUGACUGCUGACUUGGCUCGUGCAUCACUGUGAGCACAAAAGACAAACAAUUUAUUGCAGUCUCUUCAAUGAUUGCAUUUGUCGCGCUGCUGUAAAUUGAAAGUGACGUAGUUGUUCUGUUGAAGAAAAAACUACACUCGAUAAAGCCAGUUCA